AUGGGGCGCCGCGGGGCCGUGGCGCUGCUCUGGCUGGCGGCCGUGCUGUGCCAGCUGGGCACGGGCAGCGCCCUCCGCCGCCGGCUGCACAACGCCGGGGUCCCGCAGCGGCGGCUGAGCGGCGGCGAGCGGCGGGACGUGCAGCGGGAGAUCCUGGCCGUGCUGGGGCUGCCCGGCCGGCCCCGACCCCGCGUCCCCGCCCGCGUCCCCGCCGCCGCCGCCGCGCCGCUCUUCAUGCUCGAUCUGUACCACGCCGUGGCCGGCGAGGAGGAGGAGGAGGAGGAGGGUGAGGAAGCGGCGGUGUCGCGGCCGGUGCUCACCGGGCUCAGCACGCAGAGCCCCCCGCCCGGCAGCGUCGUGAGCCGAGCAGACACCGUGGUCAGCCUCGUUAAUAUGGUGGAGCAGGACAGGGACCUUUUGUCCCCCAAGCCCUACUGGAAGGAGUUCAGGUUCGACCUGACCCAGGUGCCGGCGGGAGAGGCCGUGACGGCGGCCGAGUUCCGGAUUUACAAAUCCCGGGGUGUCGUCCCCAGGCACGGCAACAGCAGCAUCCACGUCAGCAUCUACGAGGUGGCUGCCCAGCAUUCCAACAGGGAAUCCGACCUGUUCCUGCUGGAUGUGCAGGACCUGCGUGCUGGGACAGAGGGCUGGCUGGUGUUUGAUGUCACAGCUGCCAGCAGCCACUGGGCAGUGGAGCAGAAAUACACCCUGGGGCUGCGGCUCUACGUGGAGACGGAUGAUGGGCACAGCGUGGAUCCGGGCUCUGCCGGGCUCCUGGGCCGAAGGGGACCCCGCUCCAAGCAGCCCUUCAUGGUGACAUUUUUCCGGGCCAGCCCCAGCCCCUCCCGUGUCACACGAGCAGCCAAACCCCCGAGGAGGAGACAACACAAGAAAUCCAACGACCUCCCCCACCCAAACAAGCUCCCAGGAAUUUUUGACGAUGUGCACCCCACGGAUGGGCGGCAGGUCUGCCGGCGCCACGAGCUCUACGUCAGCUUCCAGGACCUUGGCUGGCUGGACUGGGUGAUUGCUCCACAGGGAUACUCAGCCUAUUACUGCGAGGGUGAGUGCGCAUUCCCGCUGGACUCGUGCAUGAACGCCACCAACCACGCCAUCCUGCAGUCCCUGGUCCACCUGAUGAAGCCUGAGGCCGUGCCCAAGGCGUGCUGUGCCCCCACCAAGCUCAGCGCCACCUCUGUCCUCUACUACGACAGCAACAACAACGUCAUCCUCAAAAAGCACAGGAACAUGGUGGUGAAAUCCUGCGGCUGCCACUGAUGGACAGGUCCCAUUCCCACCCCUGAGUGUCCCAUUCCCACCCCUGAGUGUCCCAUUCCCACUCCUGAGUGUCCCAUUCCCACUCCUGAGUGUCCCAUUCCCACUCCUGAGUGUCCCAUCCCCAUUCCUGAGUGUCCCAUUCCCACUCUGAGUGUCCCAUUCCCAUUCCUGAGUGUCCCAUUCCCAUUCCUGAGUGUCCCAUCCCCACCUCUGAGUGUCCCAUUCCCAUUCUUGAGUGUCCCAUUCCCAUUCCUGAGUGUCCCAUUCCCACCCUGGAUGUCCCAUUCCCACCCCUGAAUGCCUCAUUCCCACUACUGGAUGUUCUUUUCCCAUUCCUGGAUGUCCCAUUACCACUCCUGAGUGUCCCUUUCCCAUCCCUGGAUGUCCCAUUCCCACCCCUGGAUAUCCCAUUCCUGUCCCUGAGUGUUCCAUCCCCACUCCUGAGUGUCCCAUUCCCACCCCUGGAUAUCCCAUUCCUGCCCAAGUGUCCCAUUCCCACCCCUGGAUGUCCCAUUUUCACCCUUGAGUGUCUCAUUCCCAUCCCUGGAUGUCCCAUCCCCAUUCCUGAGUGUCCCUUUCCCAUCCCUGAGUGUCCCAUUCCCGUCCCUGAGUGUCCCCUCCCAUUCCCACCAGAGCAAUGUGACCCCAGGUUAUGCAUGGAACAGGAGCUUUGUGGCCUGCAGCAGAGCAAAAUCCAUCAAUAAUAAUAAUUAAUAAAAAAUAAUCCACAAAUAAACCCCUCCUACCCCUUUCUAGAAGAGGAUGUAAAUAAUACAAAAUUUCCUUUUCCUUAUCCUGCUUGAUGACACACAGAUAUAUACAAACAUAUAUAUAUAUAUAUAUAUAUAGGAAAGAGAGGAUUUUUGGCUGAUUCUGUUUUGUCUGUGACUGAUGAGUUUUCCCUGUGCUGGAGGCAUUUUUGGGGGGCAGGCAGCAUUCAGGUUUCUCUGGGACUGAGCUGUUUCUAGCUGUGUAUUUCUCCACUGACCCACCUCUACCCAAGUGCUUUUAAUUCCCUUAAUGAAAAUAUCAUCAGCCAAUUAAGCAGCUGGCUGACUAAACCCCCUCCUGUUUACCCAAAGUUCACCAAACUCAGCCAGUUGGAAAAAAAAUAAAAUAUCCAU